UACAUACUGCGAGAGAGUAGAUACUGUUGUUUUUUUUUUUCGGGAAGACUUGUAAUUCAUCGCGUUGUAGGGGUUCAAAAAAAAAAAAGCUCCGGUAAGCGGUUGUGUUGUGUGGAAAACAAUGACGGAAUUAUUUUUUAUUACAUUCUGUUUGUAUGUCUAUAAUGCGUUUAUAGGCUUACCUAAUCAACAUAAUAGAACAAAUGUUGGGAAAUGGGAGCGGAUGAUGACGUCAUGACCCCGCUACACUCGGGUGGGCUUUCACGGUGAUGACGUGGACAUGUAGAAACCUUUCUUCUUCGCGCGGCCAACACACAGACAAGAUUACAGAGAUGUGUGGCUGUGUGCACGGUGCAGGUGUUUGUCGGACUGUUUAAGUGCAGCUUCUAGCGUCUAGGCACGCGUUGUGCCGCGGACCCCAGCUUCCUGCCGCGCGGCGCCAGACUCAGAACCACGCGCGGCGCCCUGACCUUCUGAGUCCAGACGCUGGGUGUCGCUCUUCAGACCCUCGCAUCGCCCGACCAACGACGUGAGUGGCACACCGGGCAGCUGCUAGGGUAUGAGUGUGAUCUUCGGCACAGUAACAUUCAAUCUUCAUGCUGAUAGACUGGCAAUCAGAGGAUGUUCCUCAAGUGCGGAGAGGACAGUGAUGGUUGAGAUUCUAACAUAACUAAGGCAGCAGCGGUCGUGCAUAUCCCGCGUCAACGCAACAACGUGGCCGCUACGUUGCCAUCACGUGAAUACGCGGAGACCACAGACGGCCACAGGAGGAAUGCUGCGAUGCGAUGGACGGGCGAUGUCUACGAGGCGACUGAUGGUUGUUGUUCUUUGGGGUUUGGCUAUCAUUCCUGUGCUCCUGCUUGGAAGUACUUCAGCCAGAAUCCUGUGUGAAUCUUCAAACUACAAACUCACGACCUGUGAUGUGUCAGCACUUGGUGAUCACAUAGUGUCCGUGGCUCUAGACCAGCAGCUGUCCUCAACGAUCUGUGUACUCGACUCCAACUAUGGCCUCAACUCCAUCCUGAAGGCCAUCUGGGUUUCUAGCGGAUGCAGAGGUUAUUUCACGGUGCAGGUCCUAUCAACAGAUUACAGCACAUCUCCAGACUCAAGGCUACAAAGAGACAUCGCAAGUUCUAAAGCUGAGGCUGAUGUUCUUCCGACAGAACUUUCAACGAGCGCCGACGCACUUGUGACGUCAGCAGAACAUGUGCCAACAACGAACACGGAAGUGACGUCGUCGCCAGCGUCAGACAGAUCGACGUCAGUGCGGAACGAACAUCCGUCCUCCAACACCAACGUAGCAGUCGCGUCAGACUGGGCCUCGACCUCUAGCAAAACAGCCUUCACCGAGAAUGAGGUCACGACCUCUAGCAAAACAGCCUUCACCGAGAAUGAGGUCACGACCUCUAGCAAAACAGCCUUCACCGAGAAUGAGGUCACGACCUCUAGCGAAACAGCCUUCACCGAGAAUGAGGUCACGACCUCUAGCAAAACAGCCUUCACCGAGAAUGAGGUCACGACCUCUAGCAAAACAGCCUUCACCGAGAUUGCGGUCACGACCUCUAGAAAAACUACCUUCACCGAGGUCACGACCUCGGCGAUGACAAAUCCUUUGCUGCCAAAUGCGUCCUCUGCCAUUUGCUCCUGUUUCUGCAGACUUCAGUCCCUUGGCGGAGAGGCCGAGAUCGCCGCCAUGCCCGUGCCCGUGGACAGAGCCUCGUUCUCGAAACAACGCCGCAAAAAGGAGAGCGCCAGUGACAAGCGUACGUCAUCAGUCGUCAUGGGAACCGGGGCUGUGGCCAUACUGUGUGCAGUGAUGGCAGUGUUUCCUCUUCUCGAUCUUGAGCACAUCGUCAGGGCUCUGACAGAGAGAAGGCAGCAGAGAAACUUCUGUUCAUCACGAUUCUCCAGACCUGGAGACCAUGGCGGUUCAGUUUCUACAUGAAUCCAAUGUGGGACACCAUUUCAGCGCCAUACAGUGUUGUAUCUGACAUGUCGAAUUACCUGUUUCGAUGCCGAAGUUACAAAGUUUUAAGGAAAACAUCAAAUUACACAGCGAAUUAAGAAAGUGUAAUAGCGGGAACCAUUGCAGUCUUAAAAAAAAUCAAACAUAUCACUAACAACCAAACAAAUGUCCAUUUGUCGACAAAUUAAUGGCUUGUACAAUCAUUGACUAAUAAAUAUGUGUUAUCACAUCUGAGUGUUAUUAAUAUACCAUUACAAAUUAACGAGAUAAAAAAUCUUUUCUCCAAAAGGUGAAUUACAAGGUUCGGGGCUUAGUCCACAACGAUGUGAUCUAUGGCUGGAUUUAAACCAUUGAUAUUGUGUAAGUAAAAGAAGUCCUUUCAUUAAGACAGAUGAAUGUUGAUAGUUAUACUUCAAUAUAUUCGUGAUUAUGUGAAGAUAUACUAGUUCUGUUGCUAGGCAACAAUGACAGGGAGCAAUACUUUGCCAUGGCGCCAACUGAACCUGCCAACACCGACGAAGGAUGGAGUGUAUCUACGACUGAUAAAAGACUGUAGUGGCAACUAAGGGAUUGUAGUAGCCACUGAGGAAGGAAAGGAAGGAUGGUGAACGUUGAAGAAGUGGUUGACAGAGACCGAGGCAACAGCUGACAACAUGAGUUGUCGCUCAUCGCUAAAGGAAAGGUGAUGACACCGACUGUGCACGAGGAGUAGCUUCCCUUCUCUUCAACUUCACAACCAUCACUGAACAGCAGGCUGCCCGACGGACUGACACAUCCAUAAAACUCCACGCUAGCCCCGCCUCUUGUAUCCUUCCCUCUUAUUUAUCAUGCAUACAGGCACAUGCAGGGGAGACAAUAAGGUUGCGCAGGUCAGAAACAGGAAUGUGGGAAGGAAUAAACACCACAACACACACACAUGUACGCAAGAAAAAAAUAUAUAUACGCAUGUACGCGCGAAAAUACACACACACGCACACACAUAUAUUCUUUAUAAAUAAGUAUGCCUGUGUGUGUGUGCGCGCGUUCGCGAGGAUGAUGGUUUGAGACACUGACGAAAAACAACAAUAAUAAUAAUGUGUGUGAGAGAGAGAGGCCAGGUUAUAUUAUUGUGACAGACAGACAGAAAGAGAAAGACAUAAUUUUAUGUAAAAUAAAUUCCACUGCUCUGGCUGGACUUAUCUCCCUUUUCACGCUCCGACCCUUGUGAGACAAACUGCACUCAACACUUUAUUGUGUCUACCUGCUGCAUUACUCAGCUUUACUGCUGUAAUAUUCAUGAUAACAUAAACUUUCUGGCUUACAUUUUGCAAUACAAGUGACUGUAGCUGCUGGCAGGA